AUGUCGUUUGUGGAGAGCGGGAGGCGUUCGGCCCUUCUGCGCCGCCGGCCCGGCACCCCUGUCCCAUUCGCUCGACCUCCGUAUUCCGUUUUCAGUCAGGGAGAUAGCUGGGGUGAGGGCGAAGUCGAAGAGGAGGAGGGAUGCGACCAAGUGGCCCGUGAUUUGCGGGCGGAGUUCUCGGCCGGGUCGUCAUCGAAACUCAGAAAGGACCCUGUACUCCGGACAGAUGGGGACGGAUCUCCAAUUCUGCCCGAUAAACGCAAUGGGAUUUUCUCGGCGGAUGCAGGUGGUAAAGCCCUGGCUCGGCGUUGGCCGGUCCAGGUCCUCUCAAUUCUCUGUUCGCUGCUGUUCGCCAUCCUCCUUGCCUGCCUGCUCGCCAUCACCUACCUGAUCGUAAAAGAGUUACAUGCUGAAAAUUUGAAGAAUGAAGAUGGUGUAAACACUGGACUGUUAGGAUUCUGGAGUCUACUUAUAAUAUCCCUAACUGCUGGAUUCUCCUGCUGCAGCUUUUCUUGGACAGUGACUUACUUUGAUUCUUUUGAACCAGGAAUGUUUCCUCCUACUCCUCUUUCACCUGCCAGGUUCAAGAAAAUGACCGGCCAUUCCUUCCACAUGGGCUACAGUAUGGCAAUUUUGAAUGGCAUUGUAGCUGCUCUGACUGUAGCUUGGUGCCUCAUGUAAACCUGCACUGAAGCAAAGUACUGGAUAAAACUUAGUCAUGAUUACUUUGUAAUAACAGAAGAAUAUCACUGCCUAUUCGGAAGACCAAGAAAGUUGCUGCUCAUUAUGUCGUUCAGAUACAAGUCAUAUCAUCAUCAUUAUGGAGGACUUUUUAAACAUCAUUCUAGAGCCUAGGCAUUGGGAAUGUAUAAGUAUUAAGUUUCAAGUAGUUCUUAAAAGUGUAAGAUGUUUACCUCAUCUUUUUACUUUUGUGUGUGUUGUCCUUAUAAGUUGUAGAAAACAAUUUAAUGCAAAUCAAAACUCAGAAACCUAGAUGCAGAACAUCCUGUAUCAAAGCCUGCUUUUCUAUGUAUAUACUACAUUUUUGCUAAGAAAUACUGAUAGUACUUUUGAGACAGAAAUAUUUCUUAUUUAUUCAUUAUAUUAGAAAAGCAAACAAUGCCUACUACUUUGGCAUUUUA